AUGGUGUACGGUAACUCACAUAGAUUUUUAUUACGUUCAAUUGGAAGUCAAGGCGUAGUAACAUUUGAAGAUGGUAUGAAGAUGUUCAAAUCUUUACCAGAUGAGUUGACAUCAGAAAGAAAACUAGUGUUUCUUUGCCUUGGUUAUGAUGAAACAACUAAAUUACAAAAUAUGUUUGCUCCAAAUAAGUUAGAUUAUUUUAGAAUUUUAAUGGAAGAAAUUGUUACCACUGAGAACAGGGAAAUCUCUGUAAUGCGAGCACUCAAUUUAGUUAGUAAAGUUAAACCAACUUUACAUAUAACAGAUGCUGAGGUACUACUAAAAACCUGGUAUAGAAUGCAUUAUUUGGAUUUAAACGGAACUAACUAUGCACUAGGUAUACGAGCCAUUCAUGAGUUCGAGAGAUACUUGAAAGACAACUUACCAGAUUAUGUUAAAAACUGUACUAUAUGCAAGCAAAUGGUUUUUAGGGGCAUUAAUUGUCCAGCAUGUGAUGAAACAAUUCACACUCGUUGUUUGAAUGUAUGUUUGGAUAGAGUAAGACAAUGGCCGUGCUGCAGAGCUGAAUACAGUGAGACUCAUCUAAGCCGACUUAAUAACUCGAGUCUAACGCAGACCCAGUUAUUGCAAAGCCAAACCCAAGGGAAUAGUAGUGCAGAACAAAUGGAUGUGUCAGAAAUACUUGAGAAUACUCAGCAAUUGAGUAUAUCUGCUCGAGGUAAAAAGCGUAAGCGAAUACCAAGUCAAUAA